AGGGACAUAUGUUUUGCCAGACAAAAUGUAGAUAGUACUCCUAGAAAGGACUACAAUAUGAGAAAGCUGCAUUAACAUAAGCAGCUGAAAUUUGGCAAAAGGUGAAAUACUGAGUGCUCCUGAGCUUUUCCUAUUGGUUAAAUGGUAGCUGGAAAGUCCUUAUGUCAGCCAAGCACACUGUAGCUAACACCGUCAAGAAUUGCUUUUAUUCCUCAGCCAGUCAAGAGGCGCAGCACUCGAUAUCUGAGUCACUGCUCCACAUCCUGCCCUGUCCCAGCACUUCCUCAUUGAAGGCAGAGUCUCCUCGCAGCAGCACGUUUGAAUCUCUGCACAUUCAGACGGGACACCGAGAGGUUCCACAGAGCCUUCCCUCCUAAAACAAGGAGCCUACAGAGUCAACCACUCCUUAUAGAAGCUGAGCAUUCCUGAACUUACACAGAAAGUGGCAGUCCAGUCCAGGUGACAGGACACUACAGGCACAUGUCAAUGGACAGAGCUUUGUUACAACAGAGACAGAAGUAGCAGCUGGAGCAGCUGGUGAAGCUAACAACACUGAGGGAUUCCUAAGGGCUGGGAAGACACAAAAAUGAAGUGGGAGACUCCUCUCUGGAUGGUUGCCUGCUUACUGUUUGCAUCUCUUCCCAGAGUUCCAGGUCAACCAGACACAACGUGCUAUGCAUUUGUUGGAGAAACUGUCAUUUUGCCAUGCACCACUACCUCUCCUGGAGAGCUGAUCCUUUCUAAAUCAAUGCUCUACUGGCAGAUUGAAUCAGUCUUAGUGCACUUUUUUCACAAUGGGCAGGAUUCGCUGAGUUACCAGGACGAACGUUACCAUGGCAGAACUAGUCUUUUUUUGGACCAGAUGAAGCACGGCAACUUUUCCUUGAAGCUCUCCAAUGUCCAGUUAUUGGACACAGCUGUAUAUACUUGCAUUUACAAACAGACUGGGGACCAUCCCAACAAAACGCAGAAAUCUAAAAUUAAUCUCAUUGUAUCAGCGCCGUCUAGCACUGAGGAGGCACCUUCCCCUUCUGGACACAGCCAGGUUUCCUUCAGGAGCCCUGCUGAUGUACCACGUCUGGCUGUGCUUCCCAUCUUUUUCCACCUCCUGGUCAUGCUGGGGGUUUGUCACUUGUAGCUGGGGAAGCCCACCUUCUCUUUGGGGAGUUCUCCUCACCAGAGGACCUCGCUGGGCAGGACAGCUCUGCAGGGUUAGUGUGACAACUGUUCCACGUGGAAGAAGCACCAAUAGCUGAAAACAAGCCUAGCACUAGGUGUGUAUGUCCUGUAUUUUGGUGUUCCGCAAAACCAAAGGCAACAAAACUCAGAGGUGGCAAGUCUGAUUUUUCAUUUGUUUCCCAUAUCCCAGUUUCAGUGCUGCCAGUAUAUUUUAUUUUGGAUUUUGUAGUUUUGCUUUAAUGACAGGAUAAAAGACUCACAAAACUACAAGGUCACGUUAUAACUGACCUCAGUGAGAUCUUUUGCCUAAGAUCUCAUCUGCUGUCCUUCAAGAGAACUGAAAGGAGGAUAAAGAGUAACUAACUACCCUCUGUGUCAGAUAAAAACUGGAAGACAGAAGAUGCUCACGGUUGGUGAAACAUAAGGAUGGAAACCUUGGGAAACUUGAGCCUGUGGAACUUUAGCUUCUACUUUUACCCUUAAGCGUCAUGAGCUAUCAGUAACUUUUUUCCACAAGAAAUGUAUUUCUUCAUCGGAAGGCUGAAGCUGACCUAGAAAAAUAAAGGACGUUCAUGAAAUAUGAACAUAGAGGAAGGAAGUGAUGUAUUAUUACAAAAUCCACUUCUUAAAUAAGCCAAAAGCUUUAGGAGGUUGAAUAAAGUAUUUUUUCUUUUGUCAUGAAACACAGAAAGUUAAAUGUUAUCAUCACGCAAAAGCUGGAUUCUUAAGCUAGAACUGUGCAAUAAGAAAUUGUUACUGUGACAAUGUUACUUCUUGAAAAAUGGUACCUUUGGAAGAAAAAAAAGAAUUAAAAGCUAGUAAGACUAAUUGUAACUGAUACCUAUGCAAAUUAAAUGGAUUUAGUUCUGGAAAUGUUUGAUUCAGGUAGCAUAAAUGUCCUGUGUAAAACUAAGACUGAAAGGAUCCUUUGUACCAACAGUAUCAGAGAAUCAUAGAAUCACAGAAUCAGCCCUGCUAUGGUGAGGGGAGCUAACGAAAAGAUUUAACUCACAGUCACAGAAUCACAGAACAGUUUGGGUUGGAAGGGACCUUCAAAGGCCACCUGGUCCAAGCCCCCUGCCAUGAGCAGGGACACCUUCAACUAGAUCAGGUUGCUCAGAGCCCCGUCCAGCCUGGCCUGGAAUGUCUCCAGGGAUGGGGCAUCUACCACCUCUCUGGGCAACCUGGGCCAGUGUUUCUCCACCCUCAUUGUAAAGCAUUUCUUCCUCACGUCUGGCCUGAAGAAAAUGCAGAAGUUUUGUUUCCGGCCAGAGCUGCUGCAACUGCCCUCUUACAGAAUCAAGUAGCAUCUGGAGAACCACUGACCUGGGCUGGGAAACAGCAGUGACUGCCCCGCACUCCUCCUGGCUAAGCCUUCAAGCAGAGGGAAGUGCACACAUAGAGUCGUUUUGAUUUGGAACAGUUCCACCCUCUUUCCAAAGGAAAGACAGGAUUGUGUUUGCAAAGAAGGAAACAGAAAUAAAAUAGAGCUUUAAAUGGUAUCCAUUGAGGUAAAGGACUUUCUUAACAAAGGGCCCUUUCCCCGUGGUGGGGAAAAGAGACAAAACCCUGUGCACAGCCUGUGCUGCUGCAGCUGCAGUGAAGCUCAGUUGGUACUUAGACUGCCCUGGGUACAGAGCAGCUUAGCGUAGCAGCUGGGGUCCCACUUCACAGAAAGAUUUGAAUAGAAGAAUUGUACAUACUGUGAUUGUCCUUUGUGUCCUACACUCCAAAUGUUUAUCUCAUAUUCCAUGUAUUUUUCAAAACAAAAGUUGAUUAAAAAUAAAAACCUAAAAAAGAAAAAAAAAGAAAAAA